GACCGGCUGCAGCCUUUAACGAGAAGUGGCAAAGAAAUAAUGUUACAGAAUAGUUCUGAAAGAGUUAACCUUGAACGUAAAUCAUGACAAGGCAUUGUGCAGUUUAUUCUUAAGAACAUUUUUGUUACUAAUAAAGUUUGUUUUAUAUUACAAACAAAGAAAUUGCAAAGAAAGCUACCAGAGAAUAAAAUUUCACAGUUACAAAGGGUGAGUACGUAAUUUGCUGGAACAUAGAAUUGACAACACAGGACCAGGCCCUUCAGCCCACAGAAUCGUGCCAGACUAAUGACAAUGAUGAUGCCUAACCCGGGUAGUUCGCAACACAAACAACAUAUUCUCAUGAUUCAAGACUGUUUAAUGUCAUUUCCAGUACACAAGUAUAAAGGAGAAAAUAACUGUUACUCCAAAUCCGAUGCAGCACGAAAAAACCCACAAUAAAUAUAAAUACAUAAGAUAGCUUAUGUACCUAUACUGACUGUAUGUCCCCAAAGUGGUGCUAAACACUGGAGUGUCUGUACAUAGGGUGGCUCUGACAGGAAAUGAUACAGUAGUGGUGGUUGGGUGGGUUGGUGGGUGGAGGUGUUGAUCAGCCUUACUACCUGGGGAAAGUAACUGUUUUUGAGUCAGGUGGGCCUGGCGUGAACGCUACAUCCCCCUAAUGGGAGUGGGACAAAUAGUCCAUGAGCAGGGUGAGUGAGAUUAAUUAUUGUUGGCUUUUUUCCCAGCAUGUAUGUCUUUGAUGUACACGUGACAAAUUAAGCUAAUCUUUCAUCUUCUGCCUGCACGUGGUCUAUGUCCCUCCAUUCUCUGCACAUUCACGUAUCUGAGACCCUCUACUGUAUUUGCCUCCACCACCGCUCCGGGUGUAUUCCAGGCCCCUACCUUGUUAAAAAAAAAUCUCUGCCCCGCACAUUGCCCUUGAAUUUACCCCCCUCACCUUAACUGCAUGUUUUCUAGUAUCAGACAUUUUGACCCUAGUCUAUGCCUCUCAAUUUUAUAAACUUCUAGUCUCCCCUCAGCCUCCGCCGCUCCGGAGAAACAAGCCAAGUUUGUCCAACGUGCCCUUUAAUCCAGGAAGCAUCCGGCACUCUCUCCAUCGCCUCCAGAACAGUUCAGAUGCGGUCUAGCCAAGGUGUGUGUUUUUAACAAAGCUUCCUCCCAGUCAGGACGCGACGGGCCGAAUGUUCUCUUGGGGAGCCGAGUUCCGUCAAUCGGAACACCGUCUGUUAGCGUGUGCGUAGGAAUCAGCUCAGAGGAACGCUCCCAAAAGAUCCUGUUGCAUGUUUACGAGGCUGGGAGGUGUUUGGAGGAGGGCCCGUCACUCGCCGAGGCGAGAGCGGGAAGGAAAGUUUUGCAGAGAGGCACAUGACCGGAGCAAGGCGGCUGACUAGUGGGAAGCGGGCUGUGAUUCGCUCCGGGCCGGCAGCAGAAUGCCCUGAGCUCCGUUUGUCCGCGCCUGCCUUCAGUACCCAAGAGUUGCAAACAUGCAGGAGAUUCCUCAGACCGAGGUCUACGUUUACGAGAAGGUGGUGAUUUCCAUCUCCUGCCUGUUGUCCGUGCUGGGCUCGCUGAUGAUCAUCGCCACAUAUUUGUGGUGGCCCGACCUGCGCAGCAAGGCUCGCCAGCUUCUGGUCUACCUCUCGGUGGCGGACCUGUUGUCGGCUCUCUCCUACCUCUACGGAGUGCUGCGGGACUUCCAGCGCUCCUCCUGGGACUGUGUAUUGCAAGGAGCCCUGUCCACCUUCGCCAACACCAGCUCUUUCUUCUGGACCGUGGCUAUAGCGAUCUACCUGUACCUGCUGAUCGUGAGGUGCGAGCAGAGCGUGGCCAACAGCCUUAUCGGCUGGUUUCACGCCAUUAGUUGGCUCGUGCCUUUAACCAUCACGAUGGCAGCCGUCAGCCUGCAGAAAAUAGGCUACGACGCAUCCGACGUGUCGGUGGGAUGGUGCUGGAUUCGUAUCAGUGCAGAAAAUAGCAUCUUGUGGAUGCUGCUGACGGGCAAAAUCUGGGAAUUUGUUGCUUACAUCACCCUGCCAACGCUCUACAUCCUCAUUAAGAGGCACAUCUACAGAGCGCACGAAGCCCUGUCAGAGUAUCGCCCAAUCCUCAUCAGCAGUUCCAGAUAUCACCCGAGGUCUUCGAUUGCUGACCGAAAGAUGACCAUUAUACCUAUUAUUUUCAUCUUCCUUCGGAUGUGGAGCACGGUGCGGUUCAUACUGACACUCUACAAUGCUGCUGCUGUGCAGAACCAAGUCCUAGUAGUGUUACAUGGGAUAGGAAACACCUUUCAAGGAGCAGCCAACUGCAUAACUUUCGUGCUGUGCACUCGAGCAGUUCGGUCCCGGCUGGUUUCCAGUCUGUGCAGCUGUUGCAAGAGUGAGGGUGACGCGGUGCCGCAGGAAGCCACAGUGAACAACUGCAGGGAAGGGCCGCCGUGAUUGCUCCGGCCCCGUGCUCUCCAACGGCAUCGCAGCCAGCUGACCGUCACCUCUUCCCAAGAACACCAGAGUACAACAUACACUGCACUAAGUUCAGGGUAGUUUCGCUCGUGUUGUGCUGAAGACGAAGAUCGACUUUUAUCGGUGGUGUUUGCUGCAGAAUGCUCAGGAGCUGGAGCUAGGACUGUCCAGCCAUUUGAACUACCAAAGUGGGGUGUUUUCAGAACCACAGUGCCUCUAUCCACUUAAAUCCAGUUAUAUCCUAGUUAAGUUUAAGUAUUGUAUUCUGUAAGGAAUUCCCUCUCUCCCUCUCUCUCUUCCCCCUCCCUCCUUCCCUUCCCAUUCUCUCUUUGUGCCUCAUUGUACUGAGGUUGAAAGUGUGUUUUCUUUUGGUGUACACUGCUAGUUAUUUUGUUAAAGGGGCUAUGCAGCUAGUUAUAGGUCUCUACUUAACCGGUUCAGGAGUUACCAACUUUUCUUCAUAAUGCCACUUUGAGCAUUACCUUCCUUACCUAAAGUUCAAGCAAGUAUUCUGAACAAUGUUGCCCAUUGAGCCCCCUUGUUUCUCUCUGAUUCUGAUGUAUCAUCCUCAAUGGAGUCUAUUUAGCCUUAUUCACAUUCUGCCUGUUGGUACCGAGAGGCUGCGGGGAAUUUGGACUGAUGUCUCUUAUUUAUAAUGUCAACACUGAUAAAUGGUGAUUUAUAUAUUUCGAACUAAUCUUUCUAAAGAAUUCCACCAUUUCUUGAUCUUUUUAAACAAAAGCUUGUUUUCUUUAUUUUUCCUAAUCUUUUGAGCAGAUCUCAAUCUUGAAUUUGCCUUGUCUCCCUGCAGUAACAAAUAUUCUGCAUACAAGCAUUGUGCUCACGUGACAGACGAAGAGUUUAAUACCACUUUGAGUAGCUCGUUGUCCAGCAACCAGUCUUUUCAUCUUGCGCUGACGGAGUCAGCCACGCUCCUGCUUAGGGCUGACGUAUAUCCUUUGCCUUUGAGGGAAUCUGAAGCAAAACUUAAAGGUGGUGUGGAAAGGGGAAAUAAAAAUUUACAAAGCAUUGAAUUGUCUCACAUUCUGAGAGAUUUACAUUGUGAUAAUGGCUCCUGAUGGAGGAAUAUUGAAUGUGCCCUGUAUCUAGUCAAAGAAAAUUGGGCAAGUGUGCCCAGUGAACUGUUCUAGUUAAUUAUAAUCUAAAAUGGUGUUCAAAGACCUAAACACUACUUAGUGAAUGACAUUGGUCCACCUCCACUCAUGUAUCAAUAUAUUACACCUGUGAUUAAAAUGCUUGAAAAUUUUCAUCUCAUUUGGGGCCCCAGUUUGAUACUGUGAUUGGCCGACUUGCUGGAUGUUUGAAAUAUUAACAACCUGUUCAACCCAGAGCCCCAGAAGAAAAUUGCAACCAAUUUUCCAUUGUCACAGUCUGAAAGGAAGAUUAAACUCUUCCCCCACCCACCCCCCCAAUUAGUCAGUGCAGGGCUCUUGUUACCCGUUGCUAUGAAGCCGUUUCUGCAGGUCCCACGGCAGGCGGAUUGAUAUUUAAUUAAGCUCUUCAGGUCCUUGAAGUUCCAUCAAGCACCACUAGAUGAACUUGAGGAAUCUCCUCUUUCUGUCUGUACAUCGGUGUCACGCAGCGACGGAGUGCAAUAAUUUUGCAUAAUGUUACACAUUUGACCCUGAAUUACCUUCACCACACACCUGUUCCCCAUCUGUCAGCACGGGCACCAUGCCUCUUUCGCAUUACCUCAAAACAGCCUCUUCCCCAGAUCCAUAGGGGAGGUUUGGACCAAAUUACUUUGCUGUUACAAACUGGUUGUUCGUCGUGUUUCUCUAUAAGGAAACGUCUUCUACGCUUGAGAAUAAAAUCAAACCAAGGUUUGCUCAGUCUUUGUAUUAACAGUGUCAAAGUAAGUGUGCUAUCGAUAACUGCACUCUAUCCUGGUGAGAAGUUUCGCUCUGAGUUUCCUACCUGAGGUCAUGUGAGCUCCUCCUCAGUAGGUCUGGAACUAACUCAGUGAUUCACACUUGUAUCAGGUGAACUUUGAUUCCUAAAAGUAUGGCACUACCAGUAUCUGCAAACCCAUCAGCUCACCCAUCUUGGCAAUUCUUUCAUAUAUUUCAUCUUAAAAUUUUGUAAAAGAAUUUUCUAAAUAUCACGUAACUUGUUUCACUUGGAUGCUUUACUAAGAAAAUGAUCCAUCACUCCUUGGGAAACCAGACCUAUUUUCUCAAUGGAUUUGUGGAUAAAUUUUGGACAUUGUUUUGUUUCUAUUGCAGAAGUAUGUAAUGUAUUUGUCUCGAGUAAUAAAGUAUUUUUGCUAGAUUGCA